CAAUCAGACGCAGUGUGGGGGCGGAUCUUCGCUCAUCUCGGGUGGGGAAAAGCAGACACGGCGAAGGAGAAGACUACCUCGUUUUACGUCUCUCCACUGCGAUCUACGGCACCACCGGGGCUGCGGAGUGGAACAUAGAUUAGCUUCUCUCCUCCUGCAACACCCGGGGACUCCUCCAUUUAUAUAAGAAGAGUAUAAACAGACAGUUGUGGUUGUAAAGCUUUCGUGUUCACGCUACAAGGCUCAGCUUCCACCACGUGUUGCGGCAGGAAGGUGUCUCUUCUCCGGGCAUGAUAAGUAACGAUAGCUAACAGCAGCACUCCCUCCUUGCGUGUAGCCUCCUCUCGGCUGGACCUGUCUGUAUUUUUCUCUGAAUCAUCCAUUGUGCACAUUGUCUUACGAACAUGCCCAUUCAGCUGACCAGCCAGGCUUACUGCAAAAUGCUGCUGCAUGCUGCCAAGUACCCGUGCUGCGCUGUGAACGGGCUGCUGGUGGCAGAGAAGACCAAGGAGAGGAAGAAAGACAGCCACGGGGACCCGGUCCUGUGUGUGGACUGUGUGCCGCUGUUCCACGGAACUCUGGCUCUGGCACCGAUGCUGGAAGUAGCUCUAACACUGAUCGAUACUUGGUGUAAAGAAAACAACUAUGUGAUUGCUGGAUAUUAUCAAGCCAACGAACGCACAAAGGAUUCAAGGCCUAAUCAAGUAGCAGAAAAAGUAGCUGCCAGGAUUUGUGAGAACUUCAGUGACGCAGCGAUAGUCAUGGUGGACAACAGUAGAUUAACAAUCAGCUGUUUCGAGCCCAUUGUGCUCCUCUACGAUCAUCAUGAAAACAAGUGGAAAAGCAGAGAAGUCACUUCUGAAACAUUUGAGGACUGGAGCGAAGCACAGAAGAUCACGUCUGCGCUGUUAGAGGGCAGGUCCUACGAAAAUCUGAUUGACUUUGAUAAUCACUUGGAUGAUCUAAGGAACGACUGGACCAACCCUGUGAUCAACAAGUCCGUCCUGGAUCUCUGCUAAGACCCACAGUCAACAGCACCCUGGACACACACACACAGAAAAUAUUGCUGCCAUUUCAGCGUGCAUGAUGCUACUUGCUGUGUAGCACAGAUGUGCAAAAGUUCUGAACAUGUCGUCUUUGUUCCAUCAGAAGUUUUCCGUCUCUGAUGGGAACAUGUGGAGUGCUGACCAGUUCGGCCAAAAUCUCUUAAGGGCAAGCACCAUAUGUGCACUGUUUGCAUAUGUCCGCCUUUACAAGGUGAUGCUGAGGUGGAGAAGGAGAUUUUGUUUUAGCAUUUUUUUUCUGCAGUGGUGUGUUUAUUCAUAGUUAUGCGAAUAGAGUUAAAUUCUAGAGUAUUUCAACUAUUUUUCCUCUCCAAUUUUACAGAGAGUAACCAUAGAGAUUAAGUCCAUAAUUAUCAAUUAAUUAUUAAAGAAAUAGAUGAUUUAACUAUUGAGAUAUGAAAUUAAUGAUAAUGUUCUUUAUUAAAUUUUCAUUUGUUUUGAACCUUGAAACUAAAUCCACAUGUUAAACUGUAGUCUGAGGAUGUCUGUAUGAAAUUUGAUUAUUAAAAAAAUAAACUAAUGAAAAAAAAAUAGAUUACAUAGAAAGAAAGAGCCAGGAAUCUUUAAGGUCUUAUUGGACUUAAAGUAACAUGGCAGCUGGAGUCACUCUGGAUGCACCAGCACUAACAAACAGGUUGUUGAUUCAAGAUAUUUGAGUUUUUAUUAUUAAUGCAAACAUUUUAUAUAAUGCAUGUCUCAGAACAUCGGUCUCAGUGAAAUCUUAUUUUGAUUGAUUGUUGCGUUGAAGAUUAGCUCACAGCUCCACUGAAUCAGAUCUCAGGGAUGUGUGCAUUUUUUUUGUUGGCUGUCUGUUUUAAGAAUUAGAUAUUGUAAUAUAAUUUAUACUUAAUUGACCACUCUAAAUUCAUCUGUUACAGAAAUACAUUUGAAUUCAUUAGAAAGAGCUAAUUACUUAUUAAAUUACUGUGGAAAUCACAUUUUUACAGGUACUUUAUAAACUGAAUGUAUAAUGAAACAUUUUUUUGAAAUUAUAAAAGUCUCUGUUGGGCUCAUGUCAUUAAGUAAAUGAUUUUGUUUGAUGUCUU